CUGUUAUUUUCAACUGAACAAAAAUCCUUUCAUUCCCUGACCAUCUUUUUUUAGCCCUUUCAAAUUUUGCUCGACGCCGUCCCCGGAAAAUCAAGAAUAGCAAGUUAGUUCAGUUUUGGUGCGCCCCAAGAAGUUGGUUCUAAAAAUCAAGAAUGGCUAAGCGUGAAUUAUCUAGUACCUUGAGGAACUUAAAGUUUAUGCAAAGGGCAGCUCUGAGAGAGGAAAAGCCUAAGAAAGAAGAAGAAGAAGAAGAAGUGAUACCUGAUGGAAACUUCCCAUCCUCCAGUGCUCGCAAAAGAUGUGUUAUCGUUAUGGAAGGGGAUCCCCACCCUGGGGCUAUAAAGGGUCGGAUGUCUUUUCAAGGUUUUAAUCCUUCUAUUGAUAAAUUGAGUGAAGAAGCUUCAAAACCACGUGCGGAAGGUUCUGCUGCUUGUUCUUCGGAGACAACUGAAAAAAUGUCUAAAAGAGAAAAUGGAACAUCACAAUGUGAGUUGGAGAGCUCUGAUUUGGAUGACUCGUAUGACGAUCCUAACGAAGAUCUUAAAUCUAAGCAAGACGAUACAUCCUCUGAGGCGCAGUAUUCAAACAAGUCACAUAAGAGAGUUCUGGAUGAUCCAGCGUCGUCACCUAGUAGUAGCGGGAGAUCCAAAAAGCCACAUAGACUUGACUGGAGUGUUCUGAAACCACCAAAGUCGCAAAAGAGAAGGCGGUAAGUGUAACUUAAAGGUGACCUCCAAAGUCGCAAAAGAGAAGGCGGUAAGUGUAACUUAAAGGUGACCUCCAAAGUCGCAAAAGAGAAGGCGGUAAGUGUAACUUGAAGGUGGUUUUGUUUACUUAUUUAGAAAAUUUCUGUAUUUUCAAUUUAUGUUGGGGAUGGUAACACUUAUGGAUCUAUCGUGAUCCUGAAUUAAUUUUAUCAGUGAGUCAAUUUUGUAUCAAUUAUAUUAGCCUUUUUUAUUUUUGGCUUGUCACAA